AUGGCGGAUCACGCAAAUGACUGGCUGCAGGGUAACCUCCCUUGGUCGCAUCUGCCGACAGUAAACAAGAUUGAUACCCACCAUCACUUUUCCGUCGAAGAAGCAGGAGGCGACCCCAGUGGCUGGCCCACUCCGCACUGGAGCUCCAUCCGAUCCGAACUGCUCAUGAAACGCCUGGGCAUCCAAACCGCCAUUCUCUCCGCCACUGCUCCCGGCGCCUGCAUUCUCCGCGGCCAACCCUCCUACAACCUCGCCCGUCAGCUCAACGAACAUGCCGCCGAACUCCGUGACAAGAACCCCGACAAAUUCGGCUUCUUCGCCACUCUCCCCGACAUCCUCGACACCGAUGCCGCGUUGGCCGAAAUCCACUACGCAAUGGACACCCUCCAUGCAGACGGAGUCACGCUGUUCACCCGCUACGGAUUCGAUCACACCUACCUAGGCCAUCCACUCAUCGAGCCCAUCUGGGCUGAACUCCAUCGUCGGAAAUGCGUGGUAUUCGUCCAUCCCACGCACCCGGUCGACACCACCAAGGUGAACAGCAAAAUGCCCCAACCCGUGAUUGAUUACCCGCACGAGACGAGCCGUACUGCCAUGGAUAUGAUUCUCAUGGGGACUCGAUCGAAAUAUCCUGACUGUAAGGUAAUCCUGUCUCAUGCGGGAGGGGCGUUUCCCUAUCUGAUCAGUCGGUUGGCGACACCGUUGCGCAAAGCACCAGGGUUUGCAUCGGAAUUGACAAUGGGUACCACGCACGAAAAGGUCAUGGAAAAUUUCAGAAGCUUUUAUUAUGAUUUGGCAUUGUCGUCAUCCCCACAGGUAUUGGAUAUGUUGUUGAAGAUUGUACCUCAUGAUCAUGUUCUCUACGGGAGCGACUUCCCCUACGCCCCUCCCCCAGCGUACCCAGCCUUUCUGGAAGACCUGGAAGGAUACGAAAUGCCACCAGAGCUACGGGAUAAGAUCAACUUCGGGAACGCAUGCAAGUUAAUCCCACGACUUGCGAGAAAGGAGGUAUAGGAAGGGGAUACAAAAUAUGCAUGGAAUGGAGAUGAACAUGUCACAAACACGACGUAUGCACUGUGGCAUAACGCAUUGAAGAAAACCAUCAAUCUAGCAUCAUCAAGAAAAGAAGGUCUUAUAACAUGUGUGUAGUAAUGCUUCACAGAGC